AUGCCAUCGGCGUUCCUGGAGCGAGGGAAGAAGUCGAUCGAGCUAGACGUGUGCCUGUCCGUGUGGGAGCUCGUCCUGACAGGGCCUGAGUUCCCCCUCCUCAAGGACUUCAGUGAGUACUUGCGGGGCGCCAAGGUUCCGGUGGUAACGAAGGACAUGUGGGCUCAAACGCUUGCGUUCUUCUGCCAGGUGGACCCGGACCUCUCCAACUUCGACGAGAGUGGCUGCGAGGCUACCUACUAGUCCACCGGGCCGACCGGUACACUUUCGUCCGAUUCUUGGCAAUAAUGUAGGUUGGUGCCUCGAUUCAGUUCCGACCAGAUUAUCGAAUAUGCCGAACAUGUCGUGUUUAGCAACAGCAGCAGCAGCAGCAGCAGUGUUGAUCGGGCUGUUUGAACCAGCCCCCCUCGGACAUACAUUGCUGGAGGACCCGUAAUAUCAUAGCGUUCGCCCUCUGGCGAGGGCUGACACAGCCGUUCUCUCCCGCGUGUGACUCAACGCAAGGAGGGGCCAGAAGAAGCGAGGCGGGGCGGUAUCUCGGUGAGAGCUUCGUCGCCCUCGUAUUGCCAACAGACACCGCCGUGCGGAAGACUCGUGUAGCCAUCGACGGGGUGUUGAGCUCGCGCGCCGGUUUACAUCAAUUUUUUGUUAUCUAUCCUGACAGUCUUGUACGACCGAUCGCCAAAGACCAAUCCAUACCACGCAGUAGCUUUGUUUUCAUCCACCCACUCCGCACCCAAAGUAGGAAGGAACGACUGGCCAUCGGCUAUCGGUCCUGUGGGAACAAAGCUCCGUCCUCUCUUAUGAUAGGACGCGUGGUCAAAUGAUCUAACAACUAGGCAUGCAAGACGUUAGUACACCCCUCCCCUGCCCGCUUCUAUCUCCCCGCACUCCCCCCCGUUGUCCAGACGCAUGGCCCGUGGUGGUGGAUGAGUUUGUGGAGGCGAAGAUGGCGCAGAAGAAGGCGAGCAAAUCGGAGACGGAGCGCCCAUAGCACCGGCGGAACCGCUCUCACGGAGAAGGGACCUAGACGGUUUCAGGAGAAGCAAUAAGAUCGAGGGUGGUGCGGUAUGAAGUAUUUUUCCUUCUCCUCCCCCUCCUCCUCUGCUGCUACCGCUGCUGCUGCCACCGCUACGUGGUAGGACCGUCACACGUCGGUUCUUCGUCCAGCGCGCGUAGGGCCGCCACACGAAGGGGUGGGAGUAUCAAUCCGGGGUCGUUUUUCUCACGGGAGACGAAGGGCGGCAUCACGGAGUUAGCACGACCUACUGCCGUAUACCCCCUCGGCCAGCAUCAGUCCUGCUGCUGAUGGCGACGAUGAUCGUGGUAGGCCUUGAAGAACGCCGCCGCUGCGCGUGCGACAGGAAUUUCCUCGAGUGGGAGGGAAUUCUCUAGGGGGCGUUGCCGCCCCCCUGCGGCGGUUGAACAAUCGAUUGUCGUCUCCUCUCCUCUGGUGAAAGCCGGAAGGGGUCUGGUGAUGGCCUGUGCUUGUGGUGCGGUAGGACUGGGAUGGGCCUUGUCUUGGCUGGGAGGGAACGGUGUGAGCGAGGGCUUCGAGUCUUGCGGCGGCGGGGUUUCCAGGACAGGCAAUCGGAGGGGGGGGGGCUGAGCGCCUUCUCACCGGUCGGGGGUGGUCUCCCACAUGGUGAACUCAUUUGGAGUUGAGCUUGUUUCCACCUCACGUAGUAUGGGUUCGGAAGAUUUAGUAUCUACUCAUGUAUCGGAGGCUUUCUAUCCACAGCAUCAGCGUGAGGGUUAAGGGGCUGAUGCUCCUUUCCUCAAAUCGAGCUUCUUGUUCUUUGUCGUGUGUGUUUGUUUUUAGCGUUUCUCGUUAGUCCUUGCGAGGUGUACGCACGUUUUCUUCUUUUUCUUUACAUUUUUGUGUGCCUUCUUUUUGUGUACAAUACCGUGUGUUUUGUCAGGUUGUGUUUUUGUGUCUGUGGUUAGGAUCCCGGGCCACCGUCGUUCAUCGUGUUUCAACGUUGGGGAUGGACUUGGUCAAGGGGGGCUGCAGCUUGGAGUUUAUUGUCGUAUUCACAGCACCAGUGUGGGGUUGGUUCAGCCCGAUCGACUUCGUGUUGGCCGAAACGCAGAAUAAGUACUUCUCUGAUGGCAGGGGAAUAGCGCUUGCAACAGGAUGUAGUAAAGCGGGACUAGGCGUGAUGAUGGCGCGGCGCUUGGAGGUGGGGACACGGGUCUGUCUGUAAGCGGCGAAGGAGUGCCACCUCUGUUGCGUAGGAAGCAGAGAGUGGCAGUGCGCACCGUACCCUACUGUGCACGGGCGGUGAAGCACGCUGCUGGUCCGGUGUGCAUUACUCGUUGGCAUGGUUCCGUUCGUUGCAAUAGGGAGCUCUCUCUCUCUCCCUCUCUUCGUCACCGGUGAUUUCGCGGUGUUCUAUUUUUUUGUGGAGGAAUGCUGUUGGUAUCCGAAGUCGUUUUCUGACAAGGUCUUGUGUGCAAUCUGUCUUUUACGUGUGCCGCGUGAUUACUCCGAUUCUGUUUAUUCAUGCCCACUUGAAUUUGGAGAGGAGAAAGCGGCAAAGAGAAAGUUGCCUGUUUGUCCUGCAUGGUUGGGCGAAAGGCUAGACAAGAAUGUGGUCAAGAGGCAUCCAACUUUUUGUGUCUUUACAUUGAAAACCGUUCCGUUCUCUUUGCCCACGUUCCUCUGCGUACUAGUCUAACAGUUGACGGGGUCGAUUCCCGUGGUCACAGGCUAACUUUCAUACUAGAAGUAGAUAUUACGUCCAAGAAAUAGGGCGCGUCUACGGGGACCACCUACUCCCAUGCUGCAAGAGAACUUUACGUCGGCACCUGUGCUAGUAAUUUCGCGCACACCGCACGGAAGAUUUUGUCACCAUUGCAGGAACGGAAUUAGGAGUCCGCUGCUGAGCGGUGCGGGAACCACUUUUUGGGUGAAAGGGGGAAGUAGUAGUUCUGAAUGUGCAUGUCAGCUGCCGUGUGUUUAUGUUGCUCGAGGACCAUCAGUAUAAACACAGGUAGCUCUUACAACACAUUACUUUAUCUCGAGCUUCAUCCUCUGGUUCAUCUUAUCAGAUGAACCACGUUGCUAGACUUUGGUCGACAUUUUUUUUUUUUGU